AUGGGGUUCUCCUCGUCACUUCGGGGGGCCUCCCCAGGACUCCUGACCCCCCUCCUGUGGCUGCUGCUGCUGCUGCCCAGUUGUCACUGCCAGAACAGCCAUCCAGUGUGCGGGCGACCUUUUCGGAAAGGGAAGAUCCUCGGGGGUGAGGAUGCCCUCCAAGGGAAAUGGCCGUGGCAAGUGAGCAUCUUCUUCAGGGGCUUCCACACAUGUGGAGGCUCCGUCAUGAGCAAGUACUGGGUGCUCACGGCUGCCCACUGCUUUGACCAGGCCCUCAAUUUGCUGGACCUCUUCGAGGUGUACGCAGGCUUCACGGACCUCGGGAUGGGUGAUGGACAAGGUCAGAAGCGAGAGAUCGCGCAGGUGAUCAUCCACCCGAGAUACAAGUUAACUCACCCCAACGGAAAUGACAUCGCCUUGGUGCAGCUGAAGACUCCUUUGAGACUCACUUCCCUCGUCCUCCCUGUCUGCCUCCCCAAGUCCACCAUCAAUCUGCAAAGCACGAACACGUGUUGGGUGACAGGGUGGGGAAAGAUGAGAAUAUCAGGUACAAUGGUAGACAAGCUUCAAGAGGUUCAGGUACCACUUCUUGAUCAGUUUUGGUGUCAAAUCCUCUAUGGAAGCAUGUUCCUCAUCCAGGAAGACAUGAUAUGUGCCACUGACCUGACCCGUAUGAGGAGCCCAUGCCAGGGCGAUUCUGGAGGACCCCUUGUCUGCAGAUUCAAUGACACCUGGACCCAGAUUGGGGUGGUGACCUGGGGCAGAGGCUGUACUGUGCCUUUGUUCCCUGGAGUUUUUGCUAGAGUACCUUACUUCUCAAACUGGAUCUCAAGUACCAUAAAAUCCGUGGUCAUCUCCAGAUCAACAACCAUCAUGGUUUCCUGGAUAACUCUCCCAACUCCUCUGCUAUUUCUCCAUGUCCUGAGAAUCCACUGA